GAGAAUUAUUCCUGAAUAAUUCAUGAACCUGAAUUAAUCAUGCAUUUUCAUGAAUUAUUCAUGAAUAACUCAUGGAAAUGCAAGGUUUAUUCAUGCUCCAAAAAACCCAAGGCUUUUUCUCUUCUCUUCUGCUCUCUCUCCCUUGGGGACGGCAGGUGGGAGCUCUCUGAGCCAGACAAAGGAGACCUGACAAGGAACUGUGGUGAAGGGACAAGCCCAAGGCAAAGAAGUGUCCGGGCACCUUCUGUGCUGGAGCAGGCGGCUGGGAUCUGGAUAGACAGGAGACAUUUUGCAAGACUCAACACCUGGAGCAGUGCAAACCAGGUGGGCAGCCCCGAUGUCAGCCAAGCUCUACGUCCUCAUCAGCUGGCCCGACGGCAGCCGGGUGAUCAACAUCGAGAACAUCAAGGAGCCCCGCAAGCCCUUCCACCUCUACGUGGUGGGUGAGCAGGUGCUGGCCCGCUGCCCCGGCUUCAGCGGGCUCUACUGGGGGAUGCUGGAAGGCAUAAGCGAGCACAAAGAUAUUUUAGAGAAGAAGCUGCUGGAAGAUAGACAGCUCCUGGAGAAGUUAAAAGAAGAACCAGCCGUUCACAGCAUGAUGCCACCUCAGCCAAAAAAAUCCAGGAAAACCUUCCCAAAAUGGACCCCAGGGAACGCAUCCAGGAAAUGCCACGGUGACAGGCCUUACCCUGCCAAGCCGCUGCUGAGGGUGGCCGAGGCCAGCCUGCCCCAUGACACUGGCAGCUCCUCCAUCAUCAAGGAGAGACGUGCCCUGGGCAACGCGGCUGGAAGUCCCCGUUCGCUGGUGGGGCCCCCCCACCCAGCCAGCGCCUUCUCACCCCCCUCUACAUUUGUCACCAUGGCCAUGCCGGGGACUUCCCAGGGUGAAGAGGACAGGGCUGGUCCAGCGACUAGAGAUUAUGUUGCCCUGGCAAUGAAGAGGAAGUCAGAUGGCCUCUUGUCUCAAUGCCAGCAACACGGCUGUCUGAACAGCUGCGAAGAGCGAAAACUUGACGCUUUGCAAGAAACAGAUGAUUUCGAGAGAGUUCAGAAAAAUUUCGGUCCUGGUGAAACGGAAAGGGAAGAGAAAAUAGAGCAGCUGGAGAGGAUGGUGUUGGACCUCCAACAGGAUGUCCUCUCUCUGAAGAAGAAGGUGCAGAGGCUGGAAUCUCUGUCCUUCCAGGAGGAGCUCCACCGGCAGCCCUGCGAGGUGGUGGAGCUCUUCAAUGGCUACACCAAGGAACAGCUCAAAGAGACCAUUCGGUUUGACCAGAAGAUCAGCACUGCCUGCAAGACACUGCUCUACAAGCUCUUCACAUCUGACUACAUCCAGAGCCACUCCAUCACGGGGCGGAGGGGCAAUACUUUCCGAGAGGCGAAGCCCAUGAUGGAUGAACGUUGCAUCAAAAUCAUUAGGGUGCUGUUGAAACAGAAGUUUGGAGAUCACCUCAGUGACACAGUGAUCACGGAGAAGAUACAAAACGUGCAGAAAGCUCUGAGGCAGAAGUUUAAGACAGAAUGUCUCUGAUGCAGGGGGGACUUGGUGUCUCUUCCUACCACGCUCAUCGAUGUUCCUGAGCAACCCUUCCAGAAAAGACGAGUCCAACCUGCUGCUGUUCAGCUGAUUUCCCCCCAAGGAGCCAACCCAAGUGAACCGUGCGCUAAACAACACAAACCUUUCACUGCUAAACCUCUGCCUGCAUUAAUUGAGUGGGAAGUUUGCCCAGCUUGGCAGGGUUUUUGCACAUCUGCUAGCACUUUACAAGUUCCUUUCCAUCCAGUCUCUGUGCAAGCCUCACUACAGGGUGCAAGUAGUGAUCUCCAGGCCUUUUUGAUGGACAUGCUCAAAAGCUUGAAGGUUUCUGUAAGGUCCAACUAUGGGUCAGUAAGUCAGCUUUGUCCCACCUUGUGGAGGGUUAGGGAUAAAAAUUGGCUCUGGGAUAGGGGAGUGUAAUCCCAAAUAAAGCCAGGACUCUGGAGAUGGACUUUGUGUCACCCAACAUAGCUUCUCUUCGCAUGCCUGUGGUUGCCCCCUGCAGCCUGUGGGACAGUAUUUGUUCUCUUUGCUCCCAGUGAAUGUCCUUUCAAAACCAGAUUAUUUCCAUGGAGAAUUCCUGUAUAUUUUUAUGACAUAAGAGUGGCGGGUGGAGGGCAAAAUGUGGCCCGCUUGUAGCUACACCUUUCCUUCAAAUAUUAGACUUAUUAUGAGCACAGUCACUAUCAUUCAAAUACAGUAAUUAUGUUGUAGUUAAGAAAUUCCAGGUACAAGUAGGCAUUUUUCUAUGUGAGAAGCUAUAGAGAAGGGCUAGAUCAACAUAUCUUCCUAAAGAGUUCAGAGCUGGAGUUUGGGUGCAUUAGAAGUGUUUUUAACAUUAAAAGAGUAAGAUGCUGACACCCGUCGACCUAACAGAAGUGCUGCAAAAUACCAAACCUUCCCUGUUAGAGAGGCUUCUCAGAGAAGAAAUUGGUUUUCUAAGUUAAAUUUUUAAAUUAUUCAGGAAAGGAAAUGUCAGUUGUUUUGCGAUAAUCAAAACAUUUGUUUUAAUUUAUAUGUUUUAUUCUGUUUUCAAGUAUUUAAUUUCUUUACAGCUACAUGAGAAAUAAUAAUGCAAAAUAAAUGCAUUGAAAAACAA